AUGCUUCCACAGUGUGAUGCGUUUAAGGCAAGCAGUAUUCAAGAGCGGUGGGACCUGGUUAAGGCGCAACAGCUUUGCUUUUCGUGCCUACGCAAGGGGCAUUCCACGCAAAAGUGUCGUGCAAGAAGGAGGUGUAACAUAAGUGGCUGCCAGCGCUAUCGCAACCAGCUACUCCACAACGAAGAUGCAACAAUGCAGAUGCUACGCCGAACUACACCAGAGGACGUCAUUGCGCAGCCAGUACUGAAUUGUCAAGUAACACAAAGCGCACAUGGUCAACUGUUUAAAAUAUUGCCAGUCAACAUAUAUGGACCGAAAGGUAAGCGUGAGAUAUUAGCGAUGUUCGACGAGGGUUCGCCAAUUUCAAUUAUAGAAGAGGAAGUGGCCAAGAUGAUCGGAGCCCACGGUUGCAUACAUCCACUUACGCUGCAGUG